CAAUUAUAUCUACGGGAAACAAAAUGUUACAAUUCAGUACCUUUAAUUUUAAAUCAUACUAGAGUUAAAUGGAAUUUCUGCCCUUUAUUCCCCCUUAAGAAAUAGAAUAUGCUAGAUGCAGUUCUUAGUGAGGGUAAAUUGAUCUACUCACACUUUGGAUUUUUUGGGGGAGAGGCGGUAUCUAUCUGGAGCAAACCUAAAUCCCCCUGCACCCUUGGCUUUUAUGGACUGGGCUGUUGAAAGCUUCAUAGGCCUUUUGGUUAAUUGGGACUAAAAUGUCAUAAUGAUAGGUGGGAAAGCAAUAAGAAAGAUGGGGAAGCUUUUCUCACUGGACCAAGAAUAAGGGGGUGGCAGCAUGCUGAGAGAGAUGGAAUAGAUAGAGGGGGGAAGUCUGCCAUAAUGCCCCCCCUGCAUAUAAUCAAUAAUGAAUUACCCACACACUAUUUAAUGCCAAUUACACCUCUACCCCGAUAUAAUGCGACCCAAUAUAAUAUGAAUUUGGAUAUAACACAGUAAAGCAGCACUCCGGGGGGGCGGGGCUGCGCACUCCGGCAGAUCAAAGCAAGUUCAAUAUAACGUGGUUUCACCUAUAACACAGUAUGAUUUUUUGGCUCCUGAGGACAGCGUUAUAUCGGGAUAGAGGUGUGCCAGCUAUUCAUGCUUAUCUAUAAUCAUCUUUUUGGAAAGAACUAUUUUUUUUAAAAGGUAAAUGAUAAAUCAAAGUUGUAGCUAUCUAUGGGGAAAUGUAAAUGAAUUGAUUAGGUGAUAGGUCGGGUAGGGAGGGGACAGAAAAGUGCUUUGUUUUCCCCACACUCAAUCUGAGGAACUAAGCUCUGAGGCAAGGUCAGGAAUGGACCCUCCCCCUCCUCCACUGGUGGGGUUUUAAUCAAUGAAGAUCCAUCAGUUUUCUGCACAGAGCCACCCUUUCCUGCCAAAGGAGGCAAGGCUGAGUGGGACAUCCAUUCAUCCCCAAGGCCUGAUGUUCACUCGGGCUGAUAACAGCCCCAAGGAUCCCCAUUACCCUGGGACUUCUCCAGUAGCAGCAGAGCACUCUGCACUGGGAGAGGGUCCUGCCCAUCCAAUGCAAACAAGGAGAGCAUCUAGCUAGAAAUCUGUUUGAUUAAGAGGCAGUGUAGCUCCCUUCCCCUCCUGGUCCUGGCAUGGUCAGAUGGGGUCCAAUUAGCUGAGCACGUCUUUGGGAUUUUAGCCUGGUAAGAGUGGGCUCUCAGGGAUGGGAAAGGGCAGCUUGUGAAGCGGUGCUGAUGUAUCUCUCCCUCCAGGGUCUUCUGUAUGGCUUCCCUGGCUAUGGGAAGACCCAUUUUGCCAAGGCAAUCGUGCAGGCCUCAGGGUGCCAGUUUAUACACCUGCAGGCAUCAUCCCUGACUGACAAGUGGUACAGGGAAUCACAGAAGCUCACAGCAGCUGUUUUCUUACUGGUCACCAAGAUCCAGCCCUGCAUCAUCCUCAUUGAUAAAACAGGCUCCUUUCUGCAGAACUGUUCCAGCGCUGAUCAUGAAGUCAAUGCCAUGAUCAAAGCCCAGUUCAUGAGCCUCUGGGAUGGGCUGGAGAGCAGAUCUGACUGCCAGAUGAUAAUGCUGAGCAACAGACUGCAUGACGUGGACCCUGCCAUCCUGAGGAGAACGCCUGCCACCUUCCAGAUCAGUCUACCGAUGCUGAGGCAGCAGCAGGAUAUUCUGAAGCUCAUUCUGGCCAGAGAAAAUAUGAGUCUCUGCACUUUGCUCCUUCUGCAUUGUGCUCAGGAAGCCGUUCUCUGCUCUCUUCAGCCCAGACCUGUGGCCUGGCAAGGGGCACGGUCUCCUAAAAGGCAAAAUGCCCAUGGUACAAGAGUGACCAGCCUGCAAGUGGCAGUUGGGGAGGAGGAAACAGUUUGCACUGACAAUGCAAAGUUCCCCCCCAACCAGAGGAGCAGCCCAAGAAGUGGGAGGCUGGGGAGAUGCGUAAGCAGGGAUGAGCAUGCAUCAUGCAAUGGAUAGCCUACACCA